AUGACCCCCCAUGACCCCGACGGCCUCGUCAAAGUAUGGAACCUACAUCUUCACACCCGGCCCGAAUAUAUCUUCAACUCUACUUCCGAUAUUCUUACUGCGAAAUUUAGCCCAUUCCACCCAAAUCUCAUCAUUGGCGGCUCGUAUUCUGGACAAGUGCUUCUUUGGGACACACGAUCCUCCCGUGCUGGCGGCGGUGCCCCUGUACAAAAGACACCUCUUUCUGGGUCAGGCCAUACACAUCCCGUUUACAGCAUAGCUAUAGUUGGUACUCAAAACGCCCACAAUAUAUUAACGGCGUCGACAGACGGAGUAGUGUGUGGCUGGACUGUCGACAUGCUCUCUCAGCCACAGGAAUAUCUCGAACUUACCACCCCUCCACCUUCCAAGACCGAAGACCUUGCUCCUACGACCCUAUCCUUCCCUCAAUCAGAUCCCACAUUUUUUCUCGUUGGCACGGAAGAAGGCACCAUUUACCCUUGUCACCGGUAUGACCGCGCGGGCGCCAAAGCCGGAACCGACCAUCGCCUUUCCUACCGCGGUCAUGCUGCUCCAGUUAUGUCAACUGCUUUCCACCCUGCUCGUGGGCCUGUUGACCUUGGUGACCUGAUGCUGAGCUCAAGUAUUGACUGGAGUGUGAAGCUAUGGCGGGUGCGGCCACCAGCAGCAACAUCUACAUCGUCAGGAACCUCGUCCUCUUCCGCAGCCAUGCAUGCUGUUGCCCCUAUUCUUGAUAUUAGUCGCGAAGACGUGGUAUACGAUGCUCGCUGGUCGCCGCAUCGGCCCGGCGUAUUUGCUCUAGUUACGGGUGCUGGGUUGCUUGAAGUUUGGGAUUUAUACACCGAGAUUGAGGUCCCAGCCGCAUGUGUGGCUCCAACAUCAGGCAGAGGUGGAAUACUCACAAAGAGUCUCAACAAAUUGGCGUGGGAAGAAAGAGAAGGACGAAGAGUCGCUACUGGUGGCUUAGAUGGCGUAGUUACGGUAUUUGACGUUGGGAAAGGAUUGGGAGGAGGGCCGGAAGAAGUCAAUACGGAAGAGUGGUCGGGAAUGAAGAGAUUAGUGGGGAGGCUAGAGCAAGGUCUUGACAGAACAUAA